ACAGAAACAGACAGAUCAAGACAGAAAACUACGGUAUACCUAUGUUGCAUAUUGAGAUAGACGUGCUGAAAGCUGCUAAAGCAGCGAAGACUAAGCACUUUUGCGACCAUUUACUCACCUUUCAGGGAUCGAAUAGACCAGAUUAUGUGUAUAUGGUGAUGACAUUGCUUUUCAAAGAUUUACACAAGCUUAGAUCUGAAACAUCAGACAACUGGUUCACCAUCAGUACGUCGCUAAGGCUUUCGAUGCAAUCACUGAAGGUUGGAUGA